GUUUAUUUUGCACACGGCUCUCUUUGUUCGUCUGUAUAUAAUGCAUUGCAAUUGUCGUCCGUCGUCUUAAAUUUGUAACGGAACGGCUGAAUUCAAAUAAAAGGACUCUUUAACAGUGAAGCAGGAUGAAAACAAUGAUUCUGAUCGUACUUGUUUGUUCUCUGGUGGCUGUCCUUGCAGCACCCAAGGCAAAACGUCUGGCAUGUGCUGCGGGUGAAUUAGGCUGCGCCGCCUACUGUGCUACUCGAGGGAAUUUUCAAGGAGGCUGUUGCGGAAAAGAGUACACGAACUGUCACGGCACAUGCUACUGCAACGGGUCUGGCCUCGAAUACCGUUGCUACAACUGCGACCUGUGACCUGAAAACAGCAUGAAUUUCCUAAUGGAGUCAUAACGAAUAAAUAUCGUGACAUAAA